UUCAGUUCAGUCGCUUUUGUGCAACGCUUCGAGUCGGUGGUCGGCGGUUCGUGGCUAUAUAGUGGGUCUAACAUGUGAUUAAAAUCGGUCCGGCAGCUGAGAAGACAACAUCUGUAUUCGCGCACGUAUCGGCAUCGCAAUAGCUAUUGACUCACCGCGUCCGCCGGACAGUGGGAUCAACUGUUUUCGGGGGCGGUACAAUGGCGAUGAUGGCACUGCGUGCGCUUGCCGCGCUCUUUCUGCUCGUCACGCUGGCCAGCUCAGCUCGGGCCAUUACCUGCUACGAAUGCGAUUCCGUCAAUAAUCCAGGGUGUGGGGAGCAAUUUGUGGACGAUGACAUAUCUACGACGGAUUGCGAUGUGGUGGCAAGCACCAGAGCCUUAGGAGCGGCGGCCACCUGCCUUACAAAGUACCACGAAGGCAUGCCUGGAGACACGCGGUUUGUACGACGUUCGUGCUACUAUGGUGACUCCUCGCCCAUGAACAUUAAUUGCGAUGAUGGACCGGAUCCUGUGGUGCCAUUCAUGAAUUUCCUGGGAUGCACACUUUGCAACACGGAUUUCUGCAAUGCAGCCCCUGGAAGAAUUACACUAUCAAUGGCCAGUGCCUCUUUGGUACUUGGUCUUCUUUUCCUACUUACCAACUAGGGACAAUGAGAAGCACAUAGAAGGUCGAAAUUACAAUGCAUCCUAUUACCCAUUAUAUACUCCAGAAUCGUAUUGGCAACUAACAGAAUUAUUUAUACCCAUUUAAAAGAAUAUAACACACUCAGUCGAACUUAUUACACUCAAUCUUUGUGUAGUCAAAAUAUCUAUGAGUCGAACUUGUUUUCAUUAAGUUUUAAAGCAGGUAACCUCGAAAUUAUCUCUAACUCAAACUUUUUUAUGGUUUGUAUAAAUUUGUUUAAGUUGAGAAAUUUUACCUCCAAAUAUUGUUUAUCACUAAACCCACGAAUAAAGCAAAAAUAU